GGCAAGGGCGGCGAGUCCAUCUUCGGCCCCACCUUCCGCGACGAGCUGGACUCCCGACUGGUGCACGCGGGCAGGGGGGUGCUGUCCAUGGCGAACAGCGGACCCAACACCAACGGGUCGCAGUUCUUUAUCACCUUCAAGAGCUGUCGGCACCUCGACUUCAAGCAUUCGGUGUUCGGUCGGGUGGUCGGGGGGUUGGAUGUGCUGUCGGCAAUGGAGAAGGUGUCCACGGACCCGGAGGAUCGACCCACCAUCACCAUCAGCAUAACAGGUGAGUGA